AUGUUCAAAUUCGUGACUGUCGUUCUUGCCGCCCUCAUCGCUUGCGCCUCAGCCAAACCCAGCAUUGUGGCGCCAUUAGCAGCAGCUCCUUUCGCCGCCCCUGCCUACGCCAACGCUCCACUGUACGCCGCUGGUGGCAGCAGUCAAAUUGAUGUUCGCAACAACUACGAUGGCACACUAUCUUCGUACACCACAACACCAUUCCACUAUUCCGGACCCUUCUCCAGCCGCUAUGUUUCGGGCAUUCCAGCUGCCUAUGCUGCUGCCGCACCUGCUCCCUUAGCCGCGCCGUUAGCUGCUCCAGCUUUUGCUAGAUACGCUGCGCCAGCUGCUUUCGCGGCUCCCUCUCCAUUGGCUGCUCUACCAGCUCCGUUCGCCGCUGCGCCUGCCCCUCUGGCAGCUGCUCCUGCUCCUUUUGCCGCUGCGCCUGCUCCUUUGGCUGCUGCACCUUUUGCCGCUCCCUAUGCCGCUGCAGCCGCUCCUGAACCCUGGUUGCCCGCACCGCAUUUCCAUGCCGCUGCACCCGUUCCUGAACCCUGGCUGCCCGCACCACACUUCCAUGCCGCUGCUCCGGCACCUCUACUGCCUGCACCUGCGCCAUUCUUCGCUCCAGCGCCAUUUUUCCCAGCACCAGCCCCAGUUCUUCCCGCCCCUGCACCCAUCCUCCCAGCUCCUGCACCCGUUCUACCAGCUCCUCUCUUGCCCGCUCCCGUAGUACAUCAUCAUCAUCAUGUUGAAGUUAGAAGAGUGAGUGAUGAUGAUGAUGGUGGCCUACAAUUUUGGCCACAUGAGCUGUAG